AAAUUGGCAUCCCUUUUUAUAUUUCAGUUCCAGUUUUUCAGCCCAGCAAGUAUGGCGUUUAGUUAAAUUCGUACAGUGAAAAGUUGUGACAUAUUAUUGUGAAAGCAAGAAAUUGGAUUCAAAUGAAUUUUGCUACUUGUGCUUUACCCGAUAAUACGAAUAAAGGUGCUCGUUUAAACAAUAAAGAAGUCAGAAAAAUGUACCAAUUUGUUUUGUGUAAACAUAAAAUAAGCUAAAUUAAUAUAUACAGAUAUACAGUUUUUGGAAGAAGGGGUCGAAGUGCGGUUCAUGCAGAUACAGCAAAUCUCGAUGUGCCACUUUAAUUACAGAAUAUAAAAAACAAAACAAAUUGUUGAAAUAUCUUCCGAUGGGGCACCGUUCCAGCAAACAAUCUGCUGGCCUAACCGACGGUAACACUAGCAUCAAUAAAAAUUCAACUAAAGACACAUCAUCAGUAGCUAAAUUAUCCAAGCAAUCGACUCGUCGUCAUUCGUCACGUUUUCCAAAGUCGCGUUCAGCAAAUAGCGAAAACAAUCAACAUUAUCGCCACUCAAUCGCAUCACUUAACAGCAGUAGUGGUAGCGCCGCUACUGUGUACGGAGAUAAGCUCUUGCCUGUUUUGCGGUUAGAUAGCGGCGAUUCCAUAACCUCGGAAGGCUCAUCGGGUCUCGGCUCAGUGACCAACAACUCAUCAGGGCAGAUUAUUAUAAAAAUACGCUUCAAAACGCAUACGCCGGGUGACAUGGACAAUGCAUCAGAAAAUGCACAGUCUUCGCCAACUACAGCAGCCGAGUCAUGCGCUCCAACGUUGGCAAAUAGCGAAGGUUAUCGCCGUUUAGUGGAUACGAAUUCGAAUAAGGUGCCGCGUGGUGAUGCGGUUUUAUUGAGAGCUGCUGGCAGUUCUCCCAACUCAGCGUUAAACAAUACAUACAGUGGUUGUAAUAUAAAUAAUAAUAGAGCAUCUCUUCCGGCACACUUGAAUGCUCUACGCAUUACUGAGCCGCUAUUGGAACAAGGGAUGGAUAGCGCUAGUGCCGUUGAGUAUUACGAGGUUAACGAAGAGGCUACAACCUCAGCACGCACGCGGCCCGAUACAAGUCGGCGUCAGAAAACAAAGUCGGCUUUCAUGAAUUUUAGAAGCAUUUUGGAAUCAUCCAGCAGCAGCAGUAAAUCGCAGCUCAAUAAAAUUUCUUCAAACAGCAAUAGAAAUAAUAACAAUAACAGCAGCAGCAGCAGCAGUAGCAGUAGCAGCAAUCAUUCCCGCAGUAUUGCACAAACGUCACCAACAUCGCUGUCGGCAUCACAAACACAAAAUCAAUAUCGGCCUCGUGGCGGCGAUGCAACAACAGCUAGUUCUUCCAGCAUUUACCAUGACACUCCAAUAAGUAAUGCCUUUGCGCCGACAACUUCCAAUGCACUUAUGCCCGGCACUCCAUUAUCGAUUACUACCUCAACGGCAACACUUCCACUUUCACCAUUACAACAGACGACGGCAACCACCAAUCAGCUGGCUAUUUGGGCAGCUAACAAAGAUGUAAUAAUCUCUGCCAUUAAUUUGGUGGUGUGUCCAUCCACAACGGCUGUCGGUUUGGAACGUUUGAUGACCACAGAACUCGUGGCUGGGAAUAGUUGCAGUGUUGGCGGCGAUGCAAGUAGUGGAGAACGCGAGCAAGUAUGCGCAGUGCCCACUUCGUUGCUAAGAAACAGUAGCACACAGGUGUCAGCGUCAGCGACUAGCGGCCCCAUUGUACACUCACAAGUAGAUUUUGUGCAUUAUCUUGUGCCAGAUUUGCUGCGCAUUUUUAACUCGAGCUUUUACUGGGGCAAAAUGGAUCGCUAUGAGGCCGAGCGUCUACUGGAAGGCAAGCCCGAAGGUACAUUCUUGUUGCGCGACUCGGCGCAAGAAGAGUAUCUAUUCUCGGUAACAUUCCGAAAGUACGGGCGAUCGCUGCAUGCGCGCAUUGAGCAAAGUGGACACAAGUUCAGUUUCGAUUGCCACGACCCAGCAGUGUUUAGUACUUCAACAGUGACCGGUUUACUGGAGCACUACAAGGAUCCCGGUAGUGUCAUGUUCUUUGAGCCAAUGUUGACUGUACCAUUCCAUCGCAAGACAGUCUUCUCUUUGCAACAGCUGGCGCGCGCUGCCAUUGUUUCCAAUACCACCUAUGACGGCAUAUCGGAGCUGGAGCUGCCGGUACGCCUCAAAGCAUACCUUAAGGAAUAUCACUAUAAGCAAAAGCUACGCGUGAAGCUACUCGACGACGCGCUACUCACAUGUGCCUAGUGUCCGCUGGGCGCGGCACAUUACCGCGCCGCCAUUAUUGCUAGCAACAAUGCUUUAGGUGCUAGCACUGGCGUAGGUGAUGGUGGCCGAAUGCUGAUGCAUGCAACAUCUACAACAGCUGCUGCGCUUGGCGUAAAUGUUGGGUCUCUUGUUGGCGAUCAUGGUACCAGUGCCAGUGGUGAUGGCAAUGAGUUAAGCGCCAGUGUCGCUGCAGGAUUGGUUGAAGGCUUGGUAAAUAUGCGUUUAGUGUCGGUAGAAACAUUGCACGACCUUGUCGAUCUAGAAGACUUGCAGCACGCGAACACCUUUGUUACUUACGUACAGCACUCGGCUGUUUUAGAGCAACUCAAUGGUAAUUCUGCAGAGAAAGGUCAUAGGAGCAACAUCAACAAGCAGCGACAGCGUCGUCAGCAGCUGCUUAAAAUACCAAAUCGCAUGACAGAGUUGCUAAGCCGUGUAACAGCUAAUUUAAAUUGUUACAAUAAUGCGCAGCGCCUUAGACGCCAACGGCAGCAGGCGCAGUCGCAGCAGCAGCAGCAGCAUCAGCAGGGAGAGAGAGUGUCUUCGCAAGGCCAGGAACAGUAGGCGUUUAGGCUUAUAAGGAAAUAUAUAUAUGUAUCUGUAUAAAUACAUCAUACAUAUAUACAAGACAAUCCCAGUGAAUAUGAAAAUCAAAAAUGUAAACAAAAACUCCAAAUCGUGUAUGACUACAAUUGAAGGGUGUAGAAGAUGUGUAAUGAUAUCGAAAAACCCACAAAGUCUACCGUCUAUUACACUCUUUAAAUUAUGCUUGAUGAUGUAUCAAAAUAGUAUUAAGCAACAGCUAUGUGUAAUGGUAAUUAUAGAUAUUUUUUUCCUUUUGCAUAACAAGCACACAUAGCUCAACCAUGUAUGUAUGUAAAUGCAGGCUCUAAGCACGUUUGAAGUUUCGAAUUCAUUAGGGGUAUUCUCUGAGUCUUGCAAAGCACGGUAAGUACCGGUUUUCUUAUGGGUCAGCUUUGCAAACCGUGCAAUCCGUGCACCGUGCAAGGGCUUUGCAAGACUCGGCGAAUACCCCCAUUGAGCGAUUGUUCUACGUAGCGAAUUUGCUGAAAACGUAUUUAGGCUAGUGUUUUUUGCGGCUUAGAUUUAUUAGAGAUGUAACAGAAAUUAUUGAAAUUGUAUUAAAUAUUAAAUGUACAUAUGUUAUAUGCUUCUUGUUACUAUUUUAAUUCCUAGAAUGUUCGUUUAGUUUAUUGUAAUAUAGAAACACAAAUAGUUUUAAAAUAUUUAGUUAAUGAAAUUAUUUAUUUUCCUACAAAUGUAUGUAUAUAAAUUUAUUUAUUACAUUUUUGAACUUUUUACAGUAUGUAUGUAUUUAUGUACUAUGCUUCCCUUCUCAUUACCGACUUUAUUAUAGUACUUAGAUGUUGUGUCACUAUUCUCCCGUUAAUCAUUUAUUUAUUUAUUUUAUUUUUCUUGGUUAUAUACAUACAUUCACAAAAUUAUUCAUCAAUUGUAAAUACAUAUGUAAACAUUUUGUUGUUAAAGAACAAAUGCACAUUUAAAUUCCUACAUUUAUACAUAAAUGUGAUUACUUAUUAUAUUGGUUGCUGGAACCCUAAAAUAAUUAUUAUUAGUGCCGGCAAAGUAAGGUUAAGGAUAUAGUUGAGCGACGAUAAAAGCGCCAAAAGUCGUUUUACAAAGAUUUCAGCUCUUUUUUUACGUACUACCGCACUUAAUUAAGUUGGUGAAUCAUCUAGAUAUUUUUUCGUCGCUCCACUAUAUUCUUAGCUUAAUAAACAAAUCGAACAAAAAGUUGUAAGACUAUUUGGG